AUGGAUGUGGAACGACUAAUAGAGGAAGUUCGUAAGUUUCCUGUUCUUUACGAUCAGGGAAGUGAAAAUUACAGGAAUAUCGAGUACAAAGACAGAGUUUGGAAGACAAUUGCAACAGAUCUACAAGCCAAAGGACAAGCUGCUGAUCUUCAACAUAAAUACAAGUAUGAAGAUCUCUUAACGUUCCUGCUACCUUACGUGGUAGAACGAGAAACAGUUUCCAAUGUUCCUUACACGCAAGACAAUAAUGAGCAUAAACAAGAAUCAAAUACAGAUUCCCAAGAGGAGCAGUCGAUUGUUGAAAACGAAAAAGUGUCUACACAAGAAGACAUUGCAGAUGAAUAA